AUGGCGGACUUCCAAGACAUAUGGCAAGAUAUAGAAAGUGUGCUCUUGGGCGAAAUCAGUAAUUCCGCUCACCCGGGAUCUGUAACCAUUCCCGCCGCGACUCGGCCGCAAGAAGACGCUCAACAGCCGGAGAUGCUUAUGUCUACCUUCCCAGUUACGGCAUCUUCCCAACUCUCCAGUCAUCCGGAAAGAGGCUUAGAGAACAAUUCCAGUUUCACAAAUUUCCGUGGGUUUCAGGUGCCAACGAAACCAAAUUACGGACAAUGCAUGUUAAAGCCUUACAGAGGAAUGGAAAUGGUGAAUUUUUAUCACAAUGACUACACAGGACAAUACGUUCCUGUAUCACACUACCCGCCAACAGUUACUCGACAUAACGAGCCAAAUAUGACUUAUUCCUGUCCUUGGGGCUACUGUCGUUCAGGAUCGGUCCUCAAUGUACCUUCUCAGAUGUCGCCUCCAGCGUCCCCAGAAACCUCUGGGGGACAACCGUAUUCUCAGCCAAACAAUGUCAUGGAAACGGUCUCCUAUCAGUCGACCGCGGGGAAAGUUUCGAUGUUUCAUAGCUGGCCAUCACACGCCGCUCCUAACCAUAGCCAUCCACACGUACGGAUGGUGACGCCACCGUCAUCGCCGAGUCUGGGCGAUCUUCUGGUUACUGGAACUGCGUCUUACUGCUCCUCCGUCCCUGGAAUCCCUCCACCCCCACCAAUCAAACCGCGGCGAGGUCGAAAAUGUUCUGUCCGCAAAAAAGUAACAGUUCACGUGUGUUCUCAUCCGGGCUGUAGUAAAACGUACACCAAGAGCUCCCACCUGAAGUCUCAUCUCCGGACCCACACCGGCGAGAAGCCUUACGAGUGCACGUGGAAAGGAUGUGGCUGGAAGUUUUCACGUUCCGACGAACUGACCAGACACUACCGGAAACACACCGGCGAUAGACCUUUUCAGUGUCGCCUGUGUGAACGUGCUUUCUCUCGGUCCGACCAUCUGUCACUUCACAUGAAGAGACACGCAGCAGUUUAA